AGGUGCAUUCCUGGUGCCAUAUCUGGUGUUUCUGGUGACGUGUGGUGUUCCGCUCUUCCUUUUGGAGACCAGCAUGGGCCAGCACACCCAAGAGGGGGGGAUCAGCUGCUGGAGGAAGAUUUGCCCCCUGGCUGAAGAGCAUGUGCUGAGGGUGGCAAAGGCCCAGGCUUCAGCAGCAGGAAGUUCAAGCUGAGGCCAACAGAAGUCCAGGCUACAGUGGAUGGAAGGCUCGGCCCAGGCUGCAGUGGUCCAGGCCAGGCUGAGGCCAGCAACGGACCAGGCUGUAGCCAGUGGAAGGCCAAGCCAGGCCAAUAGAGGCUCAGGCUGUACCAGGUGGAAAGCCAGUAUUGGCUACGGCGGGCAGCUCAUCCUGUUGUACAGCUGCACGACCUACAUCAUUAUUCUGUCCUGGGCUCUCUUCUACCUGGUGUUCUCCUUCAACUCCACGCUGCCCUGGAGCACCUGCGACAACUACUGGAAUACAGUUGAUUGUGUCGAUGUUACAAUAAGGAACCACAGCAAAGGAACCUCAGCAGCAACAGAAUUCUGGGAACGUCGAGUGUUGAAAAUCUCUGGAGGUAUUGAGGAGAUUGGCAGCAUCAGGUGGGAGGUGCUUCUGUGCCUCCUGGCUGUGUGGGUCAUUUGUUACUUCUGCAUCUGGAAAGGGGUCAAAUCAACUGGAAAGGUGGUGUAUUUUACUGCUACUUUCCCUUACGUGAUGCUCCUCGUCCUUUUGAUCCGGGGACUCACUCUUCCGGGAGCCAGACAAGGAGUGGAGUUCUACCUUCUGCCCGAGCUGUCGCGACUCACAGACUCUCAAGUGUGGAUGGACGCCAUCUCGCAGCUCUUCUUCUCAUACAGCAUCGGUGUGGGCACCCUGGCUGUACUGGGUAGCUACAACACCCACAGCAACAAUUGCUACAAGGACUGCUUUUGGCUGUGUUUGCUCAACAGUUGCACCAGUGUGGUAGCUGGCUUUGCUGUCUUCUCGGUGCUGGGAUUCAUGGCUCAUGAGCAUGGCGUUACUAUCGCAGAUGUGGCUGAGUCAGAACUCAUGUGCGAAGUUCCAUCCUGCUUCAAACGCUCCACCAUCAUCCCCAAGAAACCUGCAAUUUCGGGUCUGAAUGACUACAGGCCUGUCGCUUUGACAUCUGUGGUCAUGAAGUCCUUUGAACGUCUUGUGCUGGACCACCUCAAGAGUGUCACAGGUCCCCUGCUGGACCCCCUGCAGUUUGCCUACCAAGCGAACAGAUCUGCGGAUGAUGCAGUCAACAUGGGACUGCACUUCAUCCUAGAACACCUCGACAGUGCAGGGACCUACGCGAGGAUCCUGUUCGUGGACUUCAGCUCAGCGUUCAACACCAUCAUCCCUGAACUCCUUUCAUCCAAGCUUCUCCAGCUCAGCGUCUCACCUGCCAUCUGCCAGUGGAUUUACAGCUUUCUGACGGGCAGGACACAGCAGGUCAGGCUGGGGGAGGCCACCUCAUCCACACGCAGCAUCAGCACUGGGGCGCCCCAAGGUUGUGUCCUCUCUCCGCUGCUCUUCUCUCUCUACACGAACGACUGCACCUCAGCGAACCCGACUGUCAAACUCCUGAAGUUUGCAGAUGACACCACUGUCAUCGGCCUCAUCAAGGACGGUGACGAGUCUGCAUAUCGACAGGAAGCGGAGCGGCUGGAGCUGUGGUGCGGCCGACACAACCUGGAGCUGAACACGCUCAAGACUGUAGAGAUGAUCGUGGACUUCAGGAGGCAUCCUUCGCCACAGCUGCCCCUCACGCUGUCCAGCUGCCUUGUGUCAACCGUCGAGACCUUCAAGUUCCUGGGAAUUACAAUCUCCCAGGACCUGAAGUGGGCGACCAACAUCAACUCCGUCCUCAAAAAGGCCCAGCAGAGGAUGUACUUCCUGCGGCUUCUGAGAAAGCAUGGCCUGCCACCGGAGCUGCUGAGACAGUUCUACACAGCGGUCAUCGAAUCAGUCCUGUGUUCUUCCAUCACAGUCUGGUUUGGUGCUGCUACAAAAAAGGACAAACUCCGACUGCAACGGACAAUCAAAACUGCUGAAAGGAUUGUCGGUACCCCCCUACCCACCCUUGAGGACUUGCACGCUGCCAGAACUAAGACAAGGGUGUGCAAAAUCCUCUCGGACCCUCCCCACCCUGGUCACCAGCUCUUCCAGCUCCUUCCCUCAGGUAGGCGCUACUGAUCAAUGCAAACUAGAACUAGUAGACAUUCCAACAGCUUCUUCCCUCUUGCAAUCAACUUCUUGAACAGCUAACUUACAAUUCCAUUACAACAAGCUGGCAAUUUUUUGACUUGAGUUCGUUGUCACAUUUCUGUAUUAUGUAUUACUCGUGCACUCACUGUAGUUGUCUCGCCGUGCUGCACUAUUUGCAUAUAGUGGCCACUCAUGCCAGAGUAGCAUCUGCUCCAUUUGCACACUGAUUGAGGAGUAUCUGUAACAUUUGCACAACCAUUGUCCCAGAUUAUCGCAGUACUCGUCACUUUAAACCGCAUACACUCCUUGAAGUCUCAGUGCCCUUUGCACAAUGGUCAUUGCACCGGACUAUUGCGAUAUUAGCCAUUCGAACUGAGGACUCUGCAUCUUUUUGCACAAUUGUUGUUUGUUGUUGUUUUUUGUCAAUGUCUUUAUGUCUCCAAAGUGUUCUGUAAAUUGACUGUCUGUUGUACUAGAGCGGCUCCAACUACCGGAGACAAAUUCCUUGUGUGUUUUGGACAUACUUGGCAAAUAAAGAUGAUUCUGAUUCUGAUUCUGAUUCUGAUUCUGAUGGCAGGGAAAAAUAUUUAUUUUAAUUGCACUACUUUUUAACAAACAAUAUGUAACUGUUUUCAGUUCAAAACAAAUUUUUAGAUCAGGAUAAAUGAUAGACAAUCAUUUUAAAAAAAAUAAUGUACAACAAAAAAAUUAUAUUUCAGCAAGGGCUAACUGAAUAAAUGUGCUAUGACAAAGUCCUGCCAACUUAAUGGAAGCAAAUACUGUUAAUGCAUAGAAGGCAGUAACAUUAGACUGUAAGCGCUCUUUUCAUUUUAAAAUCCUCGUCUAUAUAGUGAAUUGCCAAGAAUGGGUAUGUCUCGGGCUGGCACGUUGACUGACUGGUUAGCACAUCUGCCUCACAGUUCUGAAGACCGGGAUUCAAAUCCCGGCCUCGCCUGUGUGGAGUUUGCAUGUUCUUAACAAUGAUUUUACUAGAUUGUUGGACUUUGAUCCAUCCAUCCAUCCAUCCAUUUUCCAUAAUGCUUGUCCUCAUGAAGGUUGCGUAUGAGCUGGAGCCUAUCUCUUCGGGUGAGAGACUCUCUGGACUGGUCGCCAGUCAAUCCCAGGCCACAUGAAGACAAACAUCCAUUCAUGCUCACAUUCAAUCACACCUACUGUAUGGGUAAUUUAAAGAUUUGAUUAACCUAACAUGCAAGAUUUUAGAGUGUGGAAUGUAGCCGGAGUACCCGGCAAACAUGCAAACUUGCAAAGAUUUUAAACCGGAAAUUCAGAACUGUGAGGCAGACAUGCUAACCACUACGCUACUAUGUUGCCCAGACUAUUGCCCGCUUCAGAUAAUUUGAAUGGUAAAUGUUGGGGGUGCAUGCGGGUGUUG